AUGGGCAAAUCCUGGGACGACGCAUCGGAGAAGCAGCUCCUGCUCUCCGUGAUCCACGUCCUCAACGUCACCGCGCCGGACUGGAACCGCGUCGCCGCCAUGAUGGGCGAGGGCUACACUGCUUCGGCCGUCAUGUGAGUAUCCUUCCUCCCUCCCUCCCUUCCUUCCAUCCUCCACAACACAAAAUACAUACACACACCUACAUACACACCCACACCUUCCACUGACACGCCCUCUCCAGGCAGAAAUUCAACAAGAUCAAGAAAGCCUGCAAAGAGCAGUACGGCGACGCGGCGGCGUCACCACCGCCGUUCACCGCCACGCCGAAAGCCACGCCAGGCAGUGGAGCCAAGCGCGGGCGUCCGAAGAAAGCCGCGAGCGAGUCCGCCGCCGGCGCCGGCAACAAGGGAAAGGGAAAGGGAAAGGGCAAGGGCAAGAAGAACCACGAGAAUGGCGAUGUGUCCGAGGAUGAUGAAGAAGAGGAGGAAGUGGAGACUCCCAGCAAGCGCGUGAAGAAAGAGGAGAGCUUGCCGGCGGACGACGAUAUCAUCCACGAUGAGCUCUAG